CGAAUGCAGGGGUCCUAAUAUUGAAAACUAUCAAGCGCCGUCAUUUACAGAUCAAACUUAUGAAUAUUAACAGAAGCACAUGAGUAGCAGUAUGCCUGCUGAACGUAAGAAGUCCGUCAACAUGGAGGAGAGAGAGAUGGGCUCCUUCAGCAACAAGGACAGAGACGCAGACAGACAGGCCGCCGCAUCCCGCGACAAGAGCAAAGACGAGACCAAGAUGAGCGCGAAGAAGGACGGCGGCAAGACGGCGGAAGAUAAGAAGAGACGGGCUGAGGAGGACAAGAGGAAGAGGGAGGAGAAGGAGCGGAAGAAGAAAGAGGAGGAGAAGCAGAGGGCAGAGGAGGAGCAGAAGAAGAAAGAGGAGGAGGAGAAGAGACAGCAGGAGGAGCAGGAGAAGAAGCUUCUGGAGGAGGAAGCCAAACGACAGAAAGAGGAAGAGGCUGCGCAGAUCAAGGAGAAAGAGGAGGCUGAACAGCUCCAGCAGGAGGCGUGGGAGCGUCACCACGGCAGAAAGGAGCUGCGCGUGAAGAACCAGCACGCGCCGGAGACGCGUCCCGAGGAGGCCUUCUUCAGCCGCCUGGACUCCAGCCUGAAGAAGAACACGGCGUUCGUCAAGAAGCUCCGCACGCUCACGGAGCAGCAGCGCGGCUCGCUGUCGCAGGACUUCGAAUCGCUCAACCUCAGCAAGUACAUCGGCGAAGCCGUGAGCUCCAUGGUGGAGGCCAAGCUGAAGAUCUCGGACGUGGGCUGCGCCGUGCAUCUCUGCUCCCUCUUCCACCAGCGCUACACUGAUUUCGCACCGCAUCUCCUCGCCGCCUGGAAGAGACACUUCGAGGCCAGGAAGGAGGAGAAGUCGCCCAACGUGAGCAAACUGCGGACCGACCUGCGCUUCAUCGCCGAGCUCACCAUCGUGGGUCUGUUCACGGAUAAAGAAGGGCUGUCGCUCAUCUACGAGCAGCUGAAGAACAUCAUCGGCGCCGACCGAGAGACGCAUACUCACGUUUCCGUCAUCAUCAGCUUCUGCAAGCACUGCGGAGACGAUAUCGCCGGGCUGGUGCCGAGGAAGGUCAAGAACGCGGUGGAGAAGUUCGGCUCGUCCUUCCCUCCCUGUCAGAUCAUUAAUGCGGAGAAACAGCAGCCUUUCCAGAACCUGCUGAGAGAAUAUUUCACGUCUCUCACCAAACACCUGAAGAAAGACCACCGAGAGCUGCAGAACAUCGAGAGACAGAACAGGCGUAUCCUGCACUCUAAAGGAGAGCUCAGCGAGGACAGACAUAAGCAGUACGAGGAGUUCGCCACCUCCUAUCAGAAGCUGCUGGCAAACACGCAAACGCUGGCCGAUCUGCUGGACGAGAACAUGCCUGAACUUCCUCUGGACAAAACCGUCCAGGAAGAACACGGUCCUGGCAUCGAUAUCUUUACGCCGGGGAAACCGGGAGAGUACGAUCUGGACGGAGGGAUCUGGGAGGACGAGGACGCGCGUAACUUCUACGAGAACAUGGUGGAUCUGAAGGCGUUUGUACCUGCUAUCCUCUUCAAGGACAACGAGAAGAGCAGCCAGACCAGCAAAGAAGCACGAGAGGGAAACAGCACUGAGGAGUUGGAGAUGGAGUUGGAAGCGCUGGACAUCACUGAUGAGCCGAUAGAUCUGGACGCAGCCGACGAGACUGAAAGUGAAGAACUGGCCAAAAAGUUACUGGAUGAGCAAGAGCAGGAGGAUGAGGAGGCCAGCACCGGCUCUCAUCUCAAACUCAUCGUGGAUGCUUUCAUCCAGCAGCUCCCAAACUGCAUCAACAGAGACCUGAUUGACAAGGCUGCUAUGGACUUCUGUAUGAACAUGAACACCAAGUCCAAUCGCAGGAAGUUGGUUCGAGCUCUUUUCACGGUGCCCAGACAGAGACUGGAUCUGUUGCCGUUCUACGCUCGUCUGGUGGCCACUCUGCACCCGUGUAUGUCUGACGUGGCUGAAGACCUCUGCUCAAUGCUCAAAGGAGAUUUCAGAUUUCAUGUGAUUUGUGUCAUCAUAUCCUCAAUACAGACAUUUAUUCCAGCAUCUCUAACGCUCUGUGUGUGUGUGUGUGUGUGUGUGUGUGUGUGUGUGUGUGUGUUUGUGCAGAUGCUGCUGUCUGAUUUCUCUCACCAUCAUAUCGAGAUGGCCUGCACACUGCUGGAGACGUGUGGACGCUUUCUCUUCCGCUCACCGGAAUCUCACCUGCGCACGAGCGUCUUACUGGAGCAAAUGAUGCGUAAGAAACAGGCUCAGCAUCUGGAUGUGCGUUACGUGACGAUGGUGGAGAACGCCUAUUACUACUGCAACCCUCCGCCGAUGGAGAAGACGGUGCGCAGGAAGAGGCCGCCGCUGCAGGAGUACAUCCGCAAACUCCUCUACAAAGACCUGUCCAAGGUCACCACUGAGAAGGUGUUGAGGCAGAUGAGGAAGCUGUCCUGGCACGACCCUGAUGUGAAGAGUUACCUGAUCUGCUGUAUGAUCAACAUCUGGAACGUCAAGUACAACAGCAUCCACUGCGUGGCCAAUCUGCUGGCAGGACUGGUGGCGUAUCAGGAGGACGUGGGCAUUCAUGUGGUGGACGGCCUGCUGGAAGACAUCCGCCUCGGCAUGGAGGUGUGUGUGAGUGAGUGUGAGUACGUCUGGUGGAAGAAGAGUCUGGAUGUGUGGACUAAAGAUCAGCCGUUCCCCAUCGACAUCGAGUACAUGAUCACAGACACGCUGGAGCUGCUGCGGCCCAAAAUGAAGCUGUGCUCGUCUCUGGAUGAGGCCUGUGCUCAAGUCACACAGCUGGAGAGAGAGUUCCUCGUCAAACUGGGCCUGGAGAAAGACGGCCGCUCCUCCAGCGCCAUGGGCGAGAACGAGCCUCUGGAUGAGGAGGACGAUGAUGACGAAGACGAGAGAGGUGCGGAGACCGAGGAGCAGUCUGGAAACGAGAGCGAGAUGAAUGAACCCGAGGAGGAGGAGGGCUCAGAAAAUGAGGAAGAGGAGCGUGAGGAGGAAGAGGAGAACACAGACUAUCUGACUGACUCCAACAAAGAGAACGAGACGGAUGAAGAGAAUAACGAGGUCACUCUCCGCAGCGGAGGACUCAAACAUGUGGAGUGUGCCGAGGAUGAGGACUUCAUCCAGGCGCUGGACAAAAUGAUGCUGGAAAACCUGCAGCAGCGCAGUGGAGAGGCAGUGAAGGUCCAUCAGCUGGAUGUGGCCAUUCCCCUGCAGUUAAAGAGCCAGCUGAAGAAAAGCCCGGCCCCCUCCUGCACCGCAGACACAGACGCAGACAUCAGCGCCACCAUGCAGUUUGUCAUGCUCACACGCAAGGGCAACAAACAGCAGUUUAAGAUCCUGAACGUGCCGCUGUCGUCUCAUCUGGCGGCGAAUCACUUCAACCAGCAGCAGGCGGAGCAGGAGGAGCGCAUGCGCAUGAAGAAGCUGACGCUGGACAUCAACGAGCGGCAGGAGCAGGAGGACUAUCAGGAGAUGAUGCAGUCGCUCGCUCAGAGACCCGCUCCCGCAAACACCAACAGAGAGCGCCGGCCUCGAUACCAGCACCCCAAAGGAGCACCCAACGCAGACCUCAUCUUCAAGACCGGCGGCAGGAGACGCUGAUGACGUCAGACCGAGCAAACGACGAGUCAAAGACAGCCAGAGAGACCGAGAGAGAUGGACAGCGGUGCUGCGCUGGGACCGAGACACACCCACCUGACUGCAGCGUCACCACGGCAACCAGAGACGAGCCGCAUCAGCUGGUGGACACGGAUGGAAACACACACACACACACAUAUGCGAGACUGAAAUGUCUCUGCAUUGACACACACACAAUGCGGAGGUGGUUUUAUUGUGUCAGGUACAGUUUGAUGGUUCGAUAGCGAGCGAACCGAGACUCUUAACGGAGGAAAACUCAAGUGUUUUUGUUCUUCAGACAAACUUUGGGACGUGUUCUUGUUCUUUCUCCUGCUGUUUAUUCUCUUUAACCUCAGCCGGUCCGCAGCGAUCGUUCCUGAGCGAGACGUGCAUGGGCUGAACGCAGCUGUUAACCUGUUCGCUGUUGCAGUAAAGUGACUUCCUGUGACCGUGAGAAUGUCUCUCUUUGUGUCUGUGCUCUCAAACACACUCACCAGCUUGUUUUACAGCCGUCGUGAGUCGCUGAACUCGCUGAACUCGCUAACUAGUGCAGCUGAUCAGAAUGCAGUCGAACCGGACGCAAACACACGCCUGUGGGUGGAACAGGUAAGAUCUAACCGAGGUUUCUGGCGAUACGCUUGAGCCGGACACCAGGAAACGGGAACGUCUGUUUCAAGCAUCUUUAAAGUCACAAAUUUGAUGAAGAACAACUUAAAUCGCCAACGGAGGAUGUUUUAGUACUAGAUUUGCAGCUCAUUCUGUCCAGACACAUGUAAAAAAACU